CCCUAACUGACUAUCAAUAUGAAAGUUUUGGUUGUUUUGUGUGCGAUUGCGGCAGGAGUCUCUGCCAAGUUUCUCGAUAUCGAUUGGUCUCGAGUGAACCCGAUUGAAGAAUUCGAUCAUUACUGGGCGCGCAUUCCGGCGGACUGGCAAUGGAUGCGUGGACUUGAGGUGGAUCGCAGAAUUACAAACGGUGUCGAAGCUCAUCCAGGGCAGUUCCCAUAUCAGGUGAUUGUACUGAGUGAUUUUCCAAUGGGGACUGGUUUUUGCGGAGGAAGUCUUCUGAACACCCACUGUGUACUGACAGCAGCCCACUGUGUCGAUGGAGCCAGCGGUGGUAUUGCCAUAAUGGGAGCUCACAAUCGGAACCUAGUUGAAGCGGAACAACAGAGGAUCAGCUUUGUGCAUCAUGGGAUUCACAUCCAUGAAGAGUACGUGUCUACCAAUAUCCGGAACGACGUUGCAGUUAUACGCUUGGCCGGUGAUGUUGUUUAUACGCCACGCAUUCAACCGGUGCACUACACACAUGAUAAUACCAACACCUUUUCUGGGGUUACUGGAACCGUAUCCGGAUUUGGUCGCACCUCCGAUACGAGUCAGGAUUUAUCCAGCGUUCUGAGAUACACCUCGAAUCCUAUAAUGACCAAUGCCGAUUGUUUGGCCAGCUGGGGUGGAAACACCGACCUUAUUCAGGCACAGAACAUUUGUUUGAGCUGUGUCAAUGGGCGAUCGGCAUGCGGUGGAGAUUCCGGUGGACCAUUGACUGUUGCUGGCGAUCGAGAUCAUCACGAGCAUCACGAUCAUCCUUCUGACACCGUUCAGGUAGGAAUUGUUUCGUUUGGUUCUGCUGCGGGAUGUGCUACAGGAAUGCCAUCGGUUUAUGCUCGCGUGAGUAUUUUUUCUGCCUGGAUCGAUCUCCACACCGAUCACGAUCACCAUCACUGAAAGGAACUCGAGGCUAAGCUGUAUUCAAUUAAGCCGCUUUUUUGUUGUGAUUUUGGCUUUUGGUACUGUUAAAUAAAAAAAGAGAGACGG